UUGGUUAAAACUUCUUAAAUUAUAUUAGUAAAAUUAAUCAUUAAAAUUGUUUCCUGCAACAUAGGUUCGUACAAGUGAUUGUAAGCGAAGGUUUCUAAAUUCAGUUUUAGAUGUUCAAUCGAAAAAUGACCUUAAGUUGUUGGAUCUGUCAGCAACAAGAAACCACAGGUUUGGUUUUGUUGUCACAACGAGUUGGAACUCAAAAUACGAUUUCAGCGAUAAUUAAAGCUAUCGUUGGUAUUAAGUUGGAUGAGGACGUUGAAAUACAGCGCCUUAUUUGCAGUCUAUGUGUCGAUCGGUUAAAUCAGACCUAUACAUUUUGGAAACAAUGUUGGGAGUCUCAACUGCAACAAAAACCUCCUGAAGGAGAAGUAAAUGAACAAUAUUGUCGACUAUGUGGGAAACACGAUGUCGAUGAGUUGAUUGCAUUGGAGUGUGCUUGCGAUACCUGGAAUAAGAAAGUCACCGAUAUGGUUGAGUUUUUGUCCGGUGUAGUAAUCGAAGGUGACGAUAGAUUAUCGCCUUACAUAUGUGAUAUUUGCCUGCAAGCCGUAAGUACGGCUUGCAUUUUUAAGCAGCAGUGCUUGGAAGCGGAAUUGUCAUUUCUCAGUCAAGCAGUACGCAAAUGGGAUAUGAUGAAGUUCGAGGGUGCCGCGAGAGAUGACUUAGUCGUUGAUUUAUAUACCGCUGCUCUUCCACGCUGGAACACACGAGAAUGUAGUCUUACCCACACCUAUUGCCUGAUAUGCAAUUUGGAAACUCCAAUCCAUCUAUUCUCCAGUAUAUGUCACGGAUGUCGUUUGGAGUUUAGGAAUUUUAACGACAUCAUCAGCAGUGCAAGCGAACCUCUAGAACUAGCUAACUUCGAAACGGACUCAAAGCAGCUAGAACUAAGUAACCUCGAAACGGAUUCAAAUCCGAAUAUGGAUAUUGAUUUCGAUAUCCCAGAUGCACAAACGGAAUCCGAUUGUUCGGUGGAUGAAGAGCCUAGCGCUUUGCCUAAAAAGAAUCGUCCUGCGGUAGUUAAUUAUAGUAUUGGUUUCAAAUUCGUUUGGGAUAUCGAAAAUUGCAUCGAAUUUGUUGAAGAUUUAGAUGACACGUGUCAAAGAGUUCGUCGUAAGGGACCAAUGUGCUGCAGCUGUAAGAUUUUUUUUCCAUCCGACUCUGAGCUCGAGCAACAUCGGGAAAUGUAUCAUGCUCAAAAGUUAUCUGAGGAGGAGUCUCGUUCUGUUUGCAAAGUUUGUGGGAAGUUAUUCCGUAACAAACGUGAAUUUAGGUAUCACAUGGCGUAUUCAGAACGCGACACAUUUUAUUAUUGUAAACUAUGCGAAAAAUUUUAUUUUCGCAUUUACGAUUUCAAAAAUCAUAAAACAUCAAUAUUACAUUGCAACAGCGUUGCUGAAAGAGCGGAAUUUCUCGAUAAUUUUGAAACUAAGUCUGUUAUGCGAUAUCAAUGCAAGAUAAAUGGAUGCAAGAAAUUAGAGAAAACCGUUGAAGAAUUUCAAAAGCACUACAUUGAUCGCCAUCAUUUGGAGCUCGAUAAAGACAAGCUUAAUAAUGAUCCAUCCUUCCGCGCUGAAACAAAAGUGUAUUGUUGUAAGAUGGAUGGGUGCGAUGUUGACUCAAUAAGCUUGCGACAUAUCAUUAACCAUUGCUCUGUGUGUCGUCCAAAGCAGUCAGAUGAAAGCAACGAAAUGCCGCCUAUGACGGUAGCUGAACACAAAUCAAGUUUUAAACCGGAAGCGCCCGAUAUUAAACAAUUUACCAAGGUUGAUAAUAUAGAUAACAUAAUAGAUGUUCUGAAAACUGACCGUGAAUGUUGUUGUGGAUGUUUCACUUUUCAUGAAACAGCUGAUGAUUUACAACGACAUGUUUCUGCAAUACAUACAGUGCAUGUUGAUAAUGAAGACAAAAAGCCGUUUCCGUUGGUUUGUACUAAAUGCAGUAAAGGGUUCAACGCUAAGGCCGAAUAUUCACAUCACAUGUCCAUAUCUAGCGGAGGAAUUUAUUAUUACUGUCAGCCAUGCGAGGUAUUUCUUUGGGACUUACGGGAUGUAAAUCGUCACAGAUCGGUCUGCCCUCACCGAGACACCAUAGAUGGCAGGGUUCUGUUUGAUACGGUUCCGUGUACAAAGUUUAUUUGUUGUGGUUGUAGCAAACAGUUUGAUAUAGAAGACAAUCUUAUUGAGCAUCGUAAAAACGUUCACGGACCGCCUAAUCCCAGCAAUCGUUGGAGGAACUUGUGGGUUUGUAAAUACUGCCAUAAACAGUACCAGAACGAGGAAGAACUGCAGGAACAUCAAGCAAAGUUUUCUAAUACAAAUUUUUACAAGUGCAAGGUCGGCGAGUGCGUAUUCGAGACUAGAAACAUAGGAGUAAUUAGGAAACAUGUUUUCGCUCAAACCCACCUGGAUGCCAGCGGUAUAACUGUAACCGUUUACAAACCCCAGCCAGUAGAUUAUGCGUGUUGUAUUUUUUCUUGUGAUUUCGUUAGUAAAUGCUUCGCUGAUGUAGUCAAACAUGUAGCGGACUGUCAUGCGAAUGCGAAAUCCCAUAAUGCCGUCAGAUGCAGCGGUCGAAAAUUAUUCUGUGAAGCUUGCAGCACAGGAUAUAAUACGUGGUACCAAAUACUGAACCAUAAAAGCAAGACUCGUUCGAUAAGAUGUAGAUUUUGCGGAAUCAGUAUGAAGAAAGCAAAACUGAUUAUUCAUCGGCCACAGUGUUCUAAGAAAAUUGAAGUUUCUUGUGAUAUAUGCGGUAGACAGUGCCAAUCAGAAGCAAUUUUGAAAUUGCACAAGAAAAGAUUUCACAAAAGUCGUAAACAACCGGAGGGUACAGUUUGUAGUAUAUGUGGACAGGUAUACUCAAAUAUUUAUAAUCACAUGAUAACUCACAGUGACGAGAGACCAUUUAAAUGUGAUCUAUGCCCGAUGGGUUUUCGAUAUAAGUCCCAGCUUAAUAAUCAUAGAGCGGUUCAUACUAAAGAAAGGGCUUUCCUUUGUCGUUUUGAAGGCUGUGAUAAUCGCUAUGCUCACUCUGCAGAUCGCUUCCGACACGAGCGGCAAGUGCAUAUGAAAAUCAUGCCGCACAGCUGUUCUAUAUGUUCAAAGUCUUUUGGACGGGACCGCGAUCUCCGGUUGCACCAACGGCUGCACACCGGGCGAAAGUUAUAUCCUUGCAACAAAUGUAAUGAUAGUUUUGAUAAAUUGAUUGACCUCAAGCAGCACGAGUGUGAUGAUGAAUUUUAGAUUAGAUUUUUUUUCAUUAUUUCGUUCUAACAG